AUGUCCGAUACAAAUAACAAUCAUAAUGUAGACGCGAGUUGCAAUAAAACGAAUACGGUUAAAGAGAAAUGGCCUGUCCAAUUGAGCCUAUGCAGAGCUUCAACUUCGAGAGGCUUGUCUCAUUCAAGCGGCGAUUACGACGGAAGCGAGAACUGUUCUGUAAGCGAUAGGUGUUCCUGUGAAUCUGUCAAAUACAAUAAGCCUUUCUUGAUAGUGGAUUCAUCGACCGUCCUACACAAGUCGAAAUGGAGCACAUUCAAGAAUUACCUUAAACGAAACAUUCAGAGGAACAAAAUCUUUCAUAAAGAAAAGAAAUCGAGAAACGCAGUGUACGAGCAAAGCGAAAAGGACUUGAAAUGAAUAUGAGAAAAUAAAAUAACUAAGUUGUGUUGAAAGUACCUUUACUGUUAUUUUUAGUGUCGACGAACAAUUCGUUCAUGAGAAUAUGUAAAAUAUUUUCUCACGAGUACGUUCACUCUUUCUCACAUUAUCUCGAUCAAUAAAACUUUUGUUGUGAAUUUUAGAAAUUAAAAAAGUUUUAUCUUUCAAUCCGUGAAAUAAUUUAAUGAUUAUAAUUCAGUGGUGUAGUUUACCAAUUCACUGGAGACAUAAUUUAGAAACCAUUGUAGUCAAGUUUAGUUAUUUUUAUAACACUGAAAGCUUUUGCCACACCACAAAGAACAAUAAUAAUAACAAUAGGCAGCCUUAUA